CUAGCCUUAGCGAUUAAGCAACUCAAUUCAUUUUAUAAAUGCUUCACACACAUUCACAAGUGAAAAACCUGAGAGAAGAGAAAACAAAUGGAGAGUAAAAGCAUUGUUCAAGCUACUUCUUCAAACUUCACCGUCGGCAUCGAAUUCUCGGCACUGCCGGAAGGUUGCAUCGCCGGUAUUCUGGCAUGGACCAGUCCUCGCGACGUCUGCAGGAUGUCCGCGGUUUCGCUAGAGUUCCUGUCGGCGGCGGAAUCUGACGCUUUGUGGGAGACGUUUCUGCCGGCCGAUUAUCGGGAGAUCAUCGGCCUAUCGUCGGAGUCUUCGUCUCACCUCAGUAUCUCCUCCAAGAAGGAGGUCUUCUUCCGACUCUGCAAUUCUCCUCUCCUGAUCGACGGGGGUAAAAAGAGUCUCUGGUUGGAUAAGAAGAGUGGAAAGAAAUGUUACAUGCUAGCCGCAAGGGACCUAACAAUUACUUGGAGCGACACUCCUAUGUAUUGGACGUGGAUCUCCCCACCACACUCUCGGUUCAUUGAGGUGGCCAAUCUAAAUCAAGUUUGUUGGCUUGAAAUCAAAGGAAAAAUAAAUACUGCCAUGUUAUCCUCAAUGACAAAUUAUGUGGUCUUCCUUGUCUUCCAAAGGAAUGAUAGAUUUUACGGACUUAAAAACGUUCCUGUAGAAUCAUCGGUUGGAAUGAUUGGUGGGGUCACUACCAAAAGGGAAAUUUACUUGGAUACCCCUCAGGUUGAGAGUUCUAAUGAUCCCGAUCAUGAUUUUGGGGAGAGAUUUCUGCAGUAUGAGAAUGUGAUAAGCUCGAUGAGCGGCAACCCCGACCCGGCUUCACUAGAGAAGAGGAUAGAUGGGUGGUAUGAAGUUGAAUUAGGUGAAUUCUUCAGCGGAGAAGGAGAAGGUAAGGAACUUGAAAUUAGUGUUAUGGAGGUGAAAUCAGGUAAUUGGAAGUCCGGGCUCUUAAUUGAAGGAAUUGAAAUCAGACCUAAAUUUUGUGCAUAGAUGUUUUUGUUUUGUUCAUGUAUAAAUUAGAAAUUUUGUAUCCUAUAUUUUACUUUCAUGUUAAUAUAUAUAUAUGAGAUUUGGCUCAUGUACUAGUUUUUUAAGGCAACAAAAACCGUUGAUAAGAAUAAUUUGUAAUGUUCAUGGAA